GGUCCUGAAUCAAUAGUUAGUCAAUUGCACCGGCGAAAGACGGGCAGUUUAAGGCCACCUUUCAUGCGAGACGUUCCCUGCAAACGCUUCCUCCAGAGAUGGAAGCGUUUUUUAUUACUCGUAGUCUGCUGCUCCAUCGUGUUCCUGUGCCUAGUAGGAAUGGAGAGUUUGGGUGAAAAAUCUGCUAAGUUUCACAUAUCGCAACACAAGCCAUCGACCAAGACCAUACAGGAACUGUACCCGGGCGGAUUCGUACAGCCGCUGGUCGAAGACUGCACGAAUGAAGUGGAGGUGCUCAUCAUGGUGCACUCGGCGCCUUCGCACAUCGCCCUGAGGCAGGCUGUCAGGGCGUCGUGGGCUUCCAAGGCAUACCUGCCGCCCGGGGUGCGCGUCCUGUUCAUCGUUGGGCGGCAGUACGCCAAGCACCUCGACUGGGAGGAGGACGAUAUUAUAGUAGCCAACUUCAAAGACUCUUAUCGCAACUUAUCUAUUAAAAGCACUGCCAUGCUCGAUUGGGUGUCGCAUCACUGCAAACCCAAGUAUUUGCUUAAGUGCGACGAUGACACGUACAUCAACGUGCCGCUGCUGAUGGAGAAGAUUCGCGGCGUGACGCGCGAGUCGUGGCCCUUCAUCGCGGGCCAGAUCGGUCGAGAAUGGCAACCCUUCCGGGACAAGAGCGAAAAGUACUACGUGGGCCUGAACGAGUUCCCUGCCGAGGUGUACCCCGACUAUGCCACCGGACCGGCCUACUUGAUAACGGGCGACGUGUUGGCCCCACUGUUCCAAGCCCUCCUCAAAGAGCAGUUCCUCGCCAUGGAGGACAUUCUCGUCACAGGAAUCGUGGCCAACUGGAGAUUAAACGUGCCGCUGCUCGAGUGGAAGGAGUUCUUCAGCAUGAGAAAGGAACCGGGACUAUGCGCGGCAAAGAAUUACGUUUCCCUGCAUUACGUGCAGCCCGAGGAGCAGAUCCUGCUGGAAUACUACAGGAAGUCCAACAGCAUCUUGGCCAAAUUUUGCGAUUAUUUUUGGAGGUGACUCAGCGACUCCAGCGAGGAGCAUUGCAGAGCUAAGAUUUAAUUUCCCCCAUAAGACCGAAAAAACACAGGACCAAAUAUUUUUACUGAGAAAAAAUUGCCUUUUAGCUGCAACAGCUAGAAUACAUUUUAAGAGAAG